AUGGAUGGCCACGUGAGGAUUGACGUAAGGCGGAAACUCACCAUGGAUUCGUUCCUUGAAUGGAUACGGGUGGCAAUCGGUUGUGGAUCCAAACAAGUUGACCCAGUCAAUAAGUUCACCGAAGCAGAAAUUGAAGCUGUAAAAGAUACUUGGCAACGAGCAAAGAAACGAGAUGUUGGUCAACAUAUCCUGCAGGCAUUACUCGAACAUAAACCGCAGUUCCGCGUCUAUUUCGGAAUUCCCGACGAUUUCACUGAGUUAAGCGAGAUGCAACAAUGUAAACAAUUUCAAGUACAGGAAACGAAAUUUUAUGAACAGAGUCGAAUAAAGAUAAAAUUAAAUGCUUAUCGAAUACAGAAUUUUCUGGACACCGCAGUUUCCACGCUAGGAUUCUGCCCAAUCGAAAAUGUUUUAUCAAUGGCUCAUCGAAUAGGACAAAUUCACUUUUAUAGAGGAGUGAACUUCGGUGCUGACAAUUGGUUAGCAUUCAAAAAAAUGGCUGUCGAGCAGAUUACAUUGGAUCUCGGUACUAAAGAGUACACAACGAUCGUAACGGAAAAAGUAGACUACAAUGGGAUUAGGAAAGAAGAGAGUCUGUUAGAACUUCGACGAAACGGUGUCUCACCGGCUACAGCACUGAUUGGUUGGGAAAAAUUUAUGGGAGCUAUUGUUCGAGAAAUGAAAAGAGGUUUCCUCGACGAAGCUCGACGAAAUUGCAGAGAAGAUGAAGAGGAAUGA